AUGGCGGAUGUGGAGCGGCUUCUGGGCGCAUCCCAUCCGUCGGAGGUCUUGGCCUUGAGGGAAAGCUUUUCCAAUGGCCUGGAUGCCUCCCUUGCCAUCACAGCACUGGAGGCGAUCGCGGCGAGUGCGGAGCGCACCGCCGUGGAGCGCGACCUGCGCUUCGCCCAGCUCCUCUUCGAGCUCAACCAAGUGGCGCACGGCCGGGAUCUACCCCCCCGGCUGGUGCUGCGCAUGCUGCGAGCACUGGCUCGGCUUGGGCUAAAGCAACCCGCGAUGUUCUUCUGCUUGGGUGCUAUGGCAGCAAAGAGAAUACAGGACUUCGCUGGACCUGAACUGGUCUCGUUGCUGCGGAGCUUUGCACAGGCAAACGUCAAAGACCUUCAGCUCCUGGAGGCCUUGACCACUGCCUUAUGUCCUCAACUUCACCUGUGUUGUCCUGGUGAACUGGCUGAGGUGGCACGGGACUUGAGGUUCUUUCGCUUCCGGCCGAGCAAGAUGUGUUUGGCAGCUCUUCAUGGAGAAAGCAAAGCCAAGCUCAAAGCCUUUCAGGCUGCGGGGCUUUGCGACGUCUUGUGGUGCUUGGACUCUUUUGGUGAACAUGAGAUGUGUGCGGAUCUCAUUGAAUCGACCACCAUCUUUCCAGAUCAGCCGAUCCUUCUGGCCACGGCCUGUGCUUUGUCGGAGACGGCAUGUGCUACACCAGGCCGAGAAAGGCACUUGGAUGAGAUUUUGCAACCAUUGCUGACGGCUCUGAGGCGGGGCACCAGCUUCAACGUGCCGGUGCCUCACUUGGGCCCACAUCACACAAAGCGCCUGCUGAAAGCACUUGGCGUCCAGGCCACGUGCGACCGCCGCUGGGCGGCCGCAGCGCGGCGCGCGGUGCGCGCGGUGGCGGAGAGCUCGCCCAGUCCAGCUGCCCCUCGUGCCAAGAGUGGAUGUGAUCACACCUACGUCGUAGACCCCAGCAGCUACGCGGAAGUUGUGACCCGCUUCGGCGUGGAUAACUUUGGAAAAAUUGGAGGCCGGUGUUUGUUGAACCAGAUUGGCAUCGGACGCCUAGAGGAGCGAUGGGCCGCGGAGGUUCGGGAGUUUCUCACUGCUUGGCAAGGUGUUGCUAAUUCCUCAAUGGACUGGAAGGCUCCAGCCGCUCAUCGGCGCAUCUAUGCCUUUGCGGAGUUCCACUUCACCAGUCGCAUGGAGCCGGGGAGGAUUUUGCUGGAAGGAACACUCUUUCAGCUCAAUGGACUUUGGGGAGAUCCGGUGCAAGCUCGAAAGCCUUGGCUUUAUGCUGGUGCCUAA